UUCUUUUCUGAUUUUACAGGCAGGCCCGAGCUGGCCUUCCCCGCCAGAGGGAUUGGAUAGCGGGGUCCCGCCCGGCUUACUCUGUACGAAGCCGGGAGGGGCAGCAACGGCAGACGGGAUCAGGUUUCACAUCCUGAUCCUGUCUAGCUCAGGAGCUGCUCCAGCCCUCGCUCAGCUUGAGGGGCACCGCGAGGGAAGUCCGGGCGGCGCGGCCCGAGCGGAGACAUGGCGGAAAGCUCCGAUUGGGUAGAGAUCAUUGAGCCUCGUUCUCGUGAGCGAAUGUAUGUCAAUUUGACAACUGGAGAAUGUGGCUGGGAUCCACCACCCAACCUCAGAGUUCGUCAGUCUGAUGAAAACCAGUGGUGGGAGCUUUUCGACCAAAACAACAACCGCUUUUACUACUAUAAUGCCAUCACGCAGCAGACAGUAUGGCAUAGGCCGCAGGGCUGUGAUAUCGUGCCACUUGCUCAGCUCCAAGCCAUGAAACGCAAUUCCCAGUCUGACUUCAGGACAUCCCAACACAGGGGCAGCACAAGCAGUGAUGGACGAAACACUCCCAUCCAAAUGGCUCUUGUACAGGAAAUGGAGAAGAGUAAAGAGGACAUCAAUGUGGAGAAGAGGUUAGAGACUGGAAGAGACACCCCUACCCGGUGGCAGCCUUUACCAGGAACUAAAGCAGCCAUGCUUGUCAAAGUCAACAGUCUGAGACAUGUGAAUUCUUCCUCAAGCAAUUCACUUCAGAUGCAAAGCAGCAUAGAAACAAGUAGCCAAAAAUCCCUGCACCCAAAACCAGUUGUGUAUGCCCAGCCUCAAUCUAUAGCCUCAAACUCAUCAGGUCCAAAAACUGCAGCUUCAGAGACAAAACAGUCCAUGCAAAUUAAAAAGACAGAGAAUGGAGGAUUUUGUUUGGUGUUGACUAAUGGGCUGUCUCAUCAGCCGUCUUCAGGGAGUCAGACGCGAACAGCACAGCCUUCAUCUCCCAGAUAUGCUUCUCCAGCACCAAUAUAUGAUGAGCCAUCAACUGACUCACCAAUAUAUGAUGAGCCUCCGGUAGAUAUGGACACUGGAAGUGGAAAUGUGAAUGGGACAACACCACAGAUGUCACCAAGCAAUAGCUUAAAUAAGAAGCCCCAGCCAAUUAAAUUAUUACAGCAUCCAAGUAUGCAGCAGCAUCAAGUUGGGAAGAAGCAUGUGAGAAAUCCCUCUGCGACAGAAUACAGCCCUGUUGGAAGAGAAUAUAUUAAACAUAUGGUCAACAUUGAUGAGUCAUCCAAAAAUCCUCACUCUGCUGGACUGGUGCUUGAUGGUGUUGCUAAACCUCAACUGGGACAACUUAAUUCCAGAGACAGCUUCAAGCAGUCAUGGAAAGUCUUAGAAGCAAAUGUUCUCAAAAAUAUGGAAGCACACCACUGUCGGCAGAACAGUCUCCAAGCUCAAGAGUAUCCUACUUUUAUAAGUCAGCAAGACUCAGGCUAUUCCACAGGUCCUUCCCCAAGCCUGAGAAAGAGAAAAGGAAGGCGACAAGGGCCAGGCCAGGGAAGGCCUGGUUCUGUUGGCAGUAGCAGUGAACUUAGUGCUUUGAAUGACAAGCUGAUUGCAGAGAUGCGGGCUGUGGUGAAUAGAUCAGCAGUCAACAGAGGGAGUAAAGGUAGUUUAGAUGCAGAAACGCUGGAAAAUGCUUCUAUGCCAGAGGGUCAUAAAAUAAAGUUUCAAUCAGAACGCUUGAAAAAAUGUAAUAGCAGGAACUCGAGAGAUGAUGUGACUUCUAGUAACAGGUCAUUAUAUAGGCCCAGGAUGGACAGUAGGGGGAGUCUCUCAAAUGAUCCAACAGUACAGCAAGAUAUUGUGAGACAGAAGAGAACCUAUGAAAAAAUUGACUCUUUAGAAAAGAACGUGGUUGGUCAGAUAAACUUGUCUUCAUCAGAGACAGCACAAAUCUCAACCCAGUCUGGAACCAUACGGUCUGAAUCCCAGCAGGAUAACAAUGACCAGCGUAGCACCAAUAUGGGAUAUCAGUUUCCCUUUCAUACCAUACGGAAGCCAAUCUCUCAAAGUAGCAUGGCUGACUGGGCUUCCAAAAACCUAAACAUGCACACUCAAGGUAUCUUUCGUCGAAGACUCUCUAUUGCCAACAUGCUGUCCUGGAAUGGUGGCUCCAUCAAAAAGCCAAUGCUCAUCACCAGCAACCACACCAUCAAAAAGGAAGCUUGUGAAAUAUUUAAACUGGUACAAAUCUACAUGGGUGAUCGGCAAGCAAGGAUGGACCGAGACAAUGUGGCUUUGAUUGCUGUCACCAAAUGCUGGAGUAUUCAAGGUUUACGAGAUGAGUUGUAUAUACAACUAAUCAGACAAACAACAGACAAUUUGUGCUACCGAAGCCUGGCAUGGGGGUGGGAACUCAUGGCCAUCAGUCUGGCCUUUUUUUCCCCAUCACCCAAGUUUCAGUCAUAUUUGGAAGGUUAUAUCUACCGUCAUCUCAGCCAGGUCAAUGAUGAAAACAUUACCCAGCGCAUUAAGGAGCUUCUGGAUCUGAAAAACAAAAAGAAUUCAAAAUCCAGGAAAAAGAGGAAGCAAAACACAGAGGAGGAAGGCCUGCCUAUCAGCACUUAUGCCAGAUAUUGUUACCGAAAGCUGCAAAAGGUUGCAGUCACUGGAGGUAAAAAGGGCCUCCGGAAGCCUACAAUUGAGGAGAUCACACAUGCUCGGAACGCAAUUGUGACGCCGUCAUUGUUUGGCAGCUCUCUGGAGGAAAUCAUGCUACGGCAGCAGGACAUGUAUCCUGAUAACAAGCUACCCUGGGCACAGACUCAGCUGUCUCAGCAGGUUCUAGAACUUGGUGGAGAACAGACUGAGGGGAUAUUCAGAAUUCCUGGUGACAUUGAUGAAGUCAAUGCACUAAAGCUACAGGUGGAUCAGUGGAAAAUUCCUAACAACCUUGUUGAUCCAAAUAUACCAGCAUCUUUGCUGAAGCUAUGGUACCGGGAGCUGGAAGAGCCUGUCAUUCCACAACAUUUCUACAAAGAGUGUAUCAGCAACUAUGAGAACCCUGAUGCAGCUGUAGCAGUCGUGGAGCUCCUGCCAGAGCUGAAUAGAUUGGUCUUGUGUUAUCUCAUCCACUUCUUGCAGAUUUUUGCUCAACCGACUAAUGUGGGCAAGACUAAGAUGGACGUAAACAACUUAGCCAUGGUGAUGGCACCAAACUGUCUGCGAUGCCAGUCUGAUGACCCCAGGGUCAUCUUUGAAAAUACCCGCAAAGAGAUGUCCUUUCUACGCAUGCUAAUUGUACACUUAGACACCAGCUUUAUCAAAGGAGUGGUGUGAUGCAUUGGCUUUAGGCAAAACGGCAUGAUGGGAACAAGGGAUUCUUGCCAAUAUUACCUUUUUAAAGCCUUGGAUCUUUUCCUCGACAGUCUCCAGGCUCCUAGGAUUGUUUCUGUUGCUUUAACAGUUGUUUCCUAGCUAAGGCAGUGGUGAUGAUAACUCGAGGCCCCAUAAUCAUGGAAGUCAGAGAUGACACUAAAAAUGAUUUUGAAGAAUCAGGGAGCCAGAUUCCAGACGAGGGCAUCCCUAAGGACCUGCAUUCAUUGUUUUCUAGACAUGCAGGUUGCCAGAAGCAGAGCCCCUGCAUAAACAGCAUGGAUAUUGGGCUGUUUGCACUACGCUGGGAAAUCCACUAUGUAUUAAACGUAGAAUCCUUUAUUGGGAAUGAACUGCUCUCUGACACUGGGUUUUUGCUGCCAUUAGCUGAAGACCAGAUAUUUCACUUAGUCAGGUUCACUCCCACAAGAGAAGGGAUUUCUGGUCAGUCAGUUGUAGCCCAUAUCCUACCUUAGAUUAAAGCUAUCCCAGGACAGCUUUGCCAUUCAUGAUGUUGGCUGCAUCCUUCACCAUCAGCAUUUGUUUGCUUUUUAAAAAAUCUUAAGGGACAUUUGUCUUACCAAAGAUUCAGUUUUGUAGCACUAGAUGGCCUGUAGCUUUUGACCCACGAUGACUCUCCUCAUGGCAGAGUACUUUUAUUACUCCAUUCAGAUUCAAAGGACCAAGUGGGAAACAGUGUUGGAGGGCUGCAUCAAGCAACUUUAACAGCAAGACUAUCCUAAACAAAACGAGUCCAUGGCUGGAGUUUAGGAGAGAGCAGAGUAUUUCGGAAGUGAAACUGUUUCUCCCUUCCUUCUCCGCUCAUAUUGCAAAAAGACUUUAAACCUCAAGCUGCCUUUAAUCCCAGUGUACUACUUCUGUGUUUGGGUCAGAGAACUCAAAACUGUAGACAUCCUUGGGUCCCUCUAUGUCACAGCAAUGUAAAUAGCUUGUGUUCAUGGUUCCUAAAAUGGAACAUUCCCUGUUUGAUGAACUGCAAACAUUACAACUCAUGCUGCCUUCCUCUUCCUUGCUGCAGCAUAGACUAAAAUCAGGUAUCCGAUGGCUGUGAAGCUCCUAGGAGCAAGUAUAAGCAGCUGCUUCCACUGACCUCAAUAGCUCUCUUUUGAGUUCUGUUAUCCACUCAGGCUUACUGAAGGCCAAAGCAGACAUAAAGCAGGAAAUCUAUAAUCAACCUCAUAACUUUUCCCCCCUUUUGGGUAAAAAAAAAGCUGCUGGGAGGGCAAUUUUAAUUUAUGGCCAUAAUUUUGUGAGAUUAACAUUUCCUUUCUUUCUAAGCUGAGGAUGUAUCAAUAUUGUGUGAGACUAACAUCUUACUGUAAUUGUUCUCCUGAAGGUGCUGUUACCUGUGAAAAGGGGUGGUUGUGGAAAUAGGAGCCCCUGUUAUUUAUUUCUUCCUCUGCCCCUAAUUUCAGCUUCAGUGAACUAAUUUAAAUUGAAAAAAUGGGGGUAGGGGAAGAAGGGAUUAACCAAUCCUUUUACAAGUGCCAUGGUAUAAAUCUACUCCAUCCCCUUUCAAAAAAACACACCAAGAGAUUUGUUCAUAGUUGCAAUUUCAGCCACUACUUCUGCUCUGAAAUAAUAAUUCAUAAUCCAUAGAUAGAACGGGAAAAAGAUACUAAAUAAGAAAAGCUUUUGAAUGGGAUAGCACUGUAUAUCUUUAAACUCCAUUUUAUGCUUCUUACACAUGUUGGGAUUUUUUAAAUCCGAGCUUAGAUCUUUAAAAUGUGAUAUUUUUGAGACUUCAGGCCCAGUAUCUCCUAGCUGGCACAGUUGAUUCUGGAAGUAAUAAUUCAAAAACGUAACUUCCUCAAGCACUGUCAAAGCUGCAGCUGUCUCUACCCUUUCAAGUCAUUGGGAGACAUGCUGCUUAAAUGGAUGAGCUCUGCUUUCUGCUUGGUACUGCUUUCUUCUCUUCUCACAGUGUUGACACAACUCUGUAGUCUUAUUCAGGAAUUCUAUAGCCAAACAAAUUGAACAUGUCAGGAGGAACAUUGAUUUCCUGAUCAUGUUGAGAACCUCUAAGGAUGUAGAAGGACCUCUUCUUCAGAAAGCCACCUCCAUGGAUGGGGAGUGAUGGAAGUAACAGCAAAGGAAGGAGACUCUGUAUGCUUCCCUCCUCAUGUACUGAAGCUACUUAGUUUUAGAACACCUGCAUAGGAUUCCUGAAAGAGCAACCUACAGAAUUCUUUCCUCUGAGUCAUUUGGGAAGUAAGUAUAGCCAUUUCACCAGAACAGAGUUAACAGGCUUCAAUUCCUUCGAAAGAUGGUGGUGGUUCAUAGCAUAUAGGGGCGUAAUCUGUUGGAAACAGAGCCAGAAUUUUUCAUUUCUACAGUCAGAGCUUUGGACAUCCCCUGUGCCAGUAAGAAUGCAAUGAAUCUUAGAGAUGGAUUAGUAUUUGCUAGUUAGUGUUGAAUAGAGGAAUGUGUAUUUCUGUUUGACCUCCAGAUCCCGUGACACUUUUAGCAGGAGUUAUCACAUCUCAUUAUAUAAAGUCAGAGGUUGCUACUGUUUGAGCCAGUUCUGCUGUAAGGUCAGUUCCUUUCAUUUGAUCUGUGUGGUAAUGCCAACGCCCCUAUUUUCUCUUCAUUUAAUAGUGUGCCUUUUCCCAGCCGUCUUUUGAGAUUUAGUUUCUUUUCAGUUGUAGUAACAAGAUGUCUGGACUUCAUCAUUUGUGAAUAAUAACUUCUAGUAAACAAGGCUAUUUUCUGAGACCCAAGCUACUUAGGUGGAUAUGCAUAUCUCCCCAGUAGCAUGAGUUUUUAAGGGUGGGCUGAACAGGACGUGUUGACAUGAUGGCUUGUGUUUCAUGUUUCCCACUCCAGUUCACUGAACAUUUGUGGACAGUUGCAGAAAUGCUACCACAAUAUUGUAUCACAUGAUUCUUUCAACUAUAUGUUACCAGGGAGAUGUGGCCAGUGUCCACACAUCUGCCCAUAAUGCAUAUUUUGAGCCUGAGCUGAGCCCAGAAUUCAGGCAUUUACUGUGACAUGUUGAGAAUGUCCUGUACUCUCCCCCCCCCUUUUUUUUUUUAAUGACAGCUGCAUUUAAUGAAGUAGAUCAGCCCAAGAUUCCUGAGGAGCUGGGUGCUGUUCAAAUAGGCUCCUCUACCAGACUUUGGCAAGUCCUCUGUAGCUAAAAUCUGAAAUUGGACCUUAAUCUUUUUGCCAGAUGAUUAGAAUUGGAAUCUUAUAAAUAUUUAUUUGGGAGAAUAACUUGUUGAAUUAAGUAGGACUGACAUCUGCCUAAAAAUGCAUACGACGUAGUGUUAAAACAUUCAGUUAAAAAAGCUCUUAACCCUCGAUAUUUUGUAGGCUUGGUAGAACAAGAGUCUGUUUCUGUUACAAAAUAAAACAUAAAAUAGUUUUUUCUGUUUCAUACAAAGCUCAUAUCAGAAACAGCAGGCUUUGAACUUUGGUAGCUCAGUUUUGUUCAUAGCUAAGCAUUAGGAUUAUUACAUGUUGCACAAAUAUUUCUUUCAAAAAUUGGAAAUAUUGAGCAAAUACACUGUGACUUUUGCCCUCCCACUUCUAAAAACAAUAAAAGUUUUAUUCUAUUUGUUUUAGGAUGGUCCCCGAAGACACAGGUUUUCUAGGCUUAAAUACUGCAACCAGUUCCAUAAUGGAUAAUGAAUAAAAUUCACUUCCACCAACAGCACUUAGGUGUAACACACAGCAUAGAUGGAUUGUUUUGUAUUAAUGCUUUCCUCCCUGGGCUGUAAAAUAGGCUAAAAAUUACACUGGAUAUUUUCUUUUUGCCAACUUGUUUGUAAAUGUGAAUCUGCAAAACAUACUGUCCCUUACUGUUGUUAAGGAAUAAUUAAACAUG